AUGCUGAUGCUGUUUCAUUUCAGAGCAGUCAAUUAUGGGGCUAUUGGGUCAGUAAUUGGACACGAAAUAACGCAUGGAUUUGAUGAUCAAGGAAGUCAAUUUGAUCACAAUGGGAAUCUACGUGAGUGGUGGGACGAGAAUACGGCAAAAAAUUUCCAUGAAAAGAAAAAGUGCUUUGUGAAAGAAUAUGAGCAAUAUUUGGUGCCGGGAACGGAUCUGCAUAUUAACGGGCUGCUUACACAAGGAGAAAACAUAGCUGAUAAUGGAGGUGUCAAAGAAGCUUUUCGAGCAUAUCGGAAUUACAUCAAGAAGCUUGGCCAUGAAGAAAAACGAUUGCCGAGUCUGGAACAUUUCGAUAUGAACCAGAUUUUCUUCUUAAGUUAUGCGCAGACUUGGUGUGGACAUUCGCGAUCAGCUGCGCUAAUCCGGCAAGUGCUAACAGAUCCUCACGCACCGCUACAAACACGGGUGAAUGGGGUGCUUAUUAAUCAACCGGACUUUGCAAGGGCAUUCAGAUGCGCACCAGGAACACCAAUGAAUCCGAUGCAUAAAUGCUCACUGUGGUAG